CUAGCCUUCACCUUACAAUACUAGCAAGAGAGCAUGGCUGCAACCAGAGUUACAAUCUUGGCUCUUCUCCUCCUCUAUGGCAUUAUUAUCAUGGGAGACACUCAUGGAAGAAGCGUGGUUGCUAAGGCAUGUCCACUAUAUUGCUUAGAUGUGGAUUAUAUGACUUGUGCCUCUUCUGGUGAAGAAAAGCUCACUGGACAAUGCAACUGCUGCUUAGCUCCAAAGAAUUGCACUCUUCACCUUAAGGAUGGAACUACAGUUUCUUGCACUUGAUGUAGUCAACUAAAAUAUAUGAAAUAAUAAUGUUUAAACAUUAAAUAAAUUUUGAAUUAUAGAUAUAUUAUCAGUUGAUCUUUAAAUAUUUUAUUUCUUUA